CAAACAAAAAUGGGGACAAAUUUAAAAAAUUUGGAUUUCACAUUCACUCAUGCUUAAUAACGUGAUCAACUAAGCAUAUAUAUAAAUGUGUAAACUGUGAAUGCCUUGUUGUAAUAUUUAGCUGCUUCUUCUAUAAAUUAAUAUAUAUUUUAGCUUUGCAGAACAAAGAAAUCAUAUGAAAAUGACACGUACAAAACAUUCACCUCAUCAUUCUAACGUACGUGUACCGAAACAAUGAAUAAACUUACAAACAAUAUAGUUGAGAGUUGAGUGUGUGAAACUGAUAAUGGCCGAAGAUACCGAAACUCCGAUGCUACUAGUCAGAGCUGUCGAAGGUGCCAUUGAUUACAAAGGCCACCAGGCUUCAAGAUCCAACACGGGCCGUUGGAGAUCAGCUUCUUUCAUCAUAGGUGCUGAGAUUGCAGAGAGGUUCGCUUACUAUGGGAUCAGUUCAAAUCUUGUCACCUAUCUCACUGGGUCUCUCGCCCAGUCAACGGCGGCUGCGGCGACCAACGUCAAUACAUGGUGCGCUACGGCGUUGUUACUACCACUUUUUGGAGCUUGGGUGGCUGAUUCUUUUCUAGGCCGGUACUCUACCAUCGUCAUGGCUUCUCUGCUCUACAUUUUGGGACUUGGGUUGUUGACGUUUUCGGCUCUUCUGCCUUCUUUAAUGGAUGGUUUUGAUCCUCAAACCAGCGCGGUUACUAAGGCGCUGUUCUUUUUUUCUUUGUAUCUUGUUGCAGUUGCCGAAGGUGGGCACAAGCCAUGCACGCAGGCUUUUGGAGCUGACCAGUUUGAUGGUCAAGAUCCAGAGGAAUCCAAAUCCAAAAGCUCGUUCUUUAAUUGGUGGUACUUUGGUGUAUCAGCAGGUGCUACAGCAACGGUAAUGAUCUUAAGCUACAUUCAAGAUAAUCUGAGUUGGGCUCUUGGAUUUGGGAUUCCUUGCAUAGUCAUGAUCAUUGCCUUGGUUGUUUUCUUGGCUGGAACUAAAACUUAUAGGUACAGCAUUGGAAAGAAUGAGAAGGGUCCUUUUGUGAGGAUAAGUAGUGUAUUUGUCGCAGCAUUUAGGAAUAGGCAAAAGACUUGUCCUUUGGAUUGUCAUGGCUUCUUGUCUAAACAAAGCUAUGAACAAUUUAAGUUUCUUAAUAAGGCUAUGGUGGGACCAAAUGGUCAUGAUUGUGUUUGUAGCAUACCUGAGAUUGAAGAAACAAAGGCUGUACUUAGGCUUGUUCCCAUAUGGUCUACAUGCUUGGUAUAUGGUAUUGUGUGUGCACAAAUCUCAACUUUGUAUAUAUUACAAGGAGCCACCAUGGACAGAACAAUUGUGUCAAGCUUCAAAAUCCCACCUGCUUCACUUCAGUGCUUCAUGUUCAUUUCGAUUAUAGUCAUUCUUCCUGUGUAUGACCGCAUUUUUGUUCCCAUUGCAAGGUCAUUAACCACAAAUCCAUCUGGAAUUACAAUGCUACAAAGAAUUGGAACUGGGAUUCUCUUAUCUGCUAUAUCAACUAUAGUAGCAGCUUUAGUUGAGAUGAAAAGGCUCACUGUUGCUAAAGAGUCUGAGCUGGUGGACAAGCCAAGUGUAACGGUUCCAAUGAGCGUGUGGUGGUUGGUACCACAGUAUCUGAUAUUUGGAUUAGCUGAUGUUUUCACUUUGGUUGGUCUGCAAGAGUUUUUUUAUGACCAAGUACCACUAGAAUUGAGAAGUAUAGGACUUGCGCUUUACCUUAGUGUAACUGGUAUUGGGCACUUCUUUAGUGGCAUUCUUAUCUCUGUUAUUGACAAUGCAACUAGUAGAGAUGAAAGAGAUAGCUGGUUUUCGAAUAACUUAAACCGGGCUCAUCUUGAUUACUUUUACUGGUUAAUUUCUGGAGUAAGCCUAAUAGGAUUUGUUACCUUCUUGCAUUUUGCAAAAUCCUACAUUUACAGUAGAAAUGUAGUCUAAGCUUAAGAGGAAUCUCCCUGGUAAAGUGUACAUACAUAAUGGAUUUCCCAUUUAAUAUUUGAAUAAAUUAUG